AUGAAUAAUCUCAUAAAAACUAUGAAUAUUUCUGAAGGAAAUGAUAAACUAGUUGGGGGUGGAAAAGUUGACGAAUCAAUACGAAAGGAAAAUAACAAAAAACAAAAAAAAGAACAUAACACAUCAUUUUAUUAUGAAGUGUAUCACAAACUUAAGAUUUAUUAUGAAUAUUCUAUCAAUGAAGAGGAAAGAAAAAAUAAAUGUUUUUUGAAAAAUAAGAACCCAUUGACUGAAAUAACAAAACUUCAAGAUGAGUUAGUAAGUUUUUUUGAUGGAAAUAUUGAAUUAUUUUCGAAUCCAUUUUAUUUUUUAAAUUAUGAAGAAGAUAAUAAUAUAAAUAAAAAUGAUUUAAAAAAUUAUUUGGGAACAAAAUAUCCCAAUUUACUAAAUAUUAUGGAAGAUGUAAUUAAAUGCUCAUUGAUAAUAAAUAGGAAUGUUUAUUAUGUAUGUGAUUUAUUUAACGAUGUUUACAAAAACAUUGAAAAAAAUAACAUACAUACAGAAAUAAGUAAAACAAUAUAUAUCAAUGAGGUAUUAAAAGAAUGUAUAGAAAAAGAGAAUUUAAUUAUUAUGAUAUUUUUAGAAAUCUUGAUAUAUAUAAAUAGGAAUGAAAAAAUAGGAAUAACAUUAGACAAUGAUAACAAAUCGAUGAAACAUGAAUAUUUUAGUGAAAAAGAAGACAAUUAUACAGAUAAUGAAUUAAAAAAAAAUGAAGAAGUGAAAUCAUCAAGUGAUAAUAGUUCAUUAACUAAUAAUUCAUUGGCUAGUUUAAAUAUUUCUAAAAAAAAAAAAAAAAAAAAUAUUAAUAAUAAAAAAAUAAAUGGAGAUAAAUUUUCAUAUUAUGUAUUAGUUAAUCUAACAGAAAAUGAUUUUGUUGAAAAUAUAUUUUUAGAAAUUGAUAAAAUAAUUAAAUUUUUAAUAAAAUUCGAUGGAAUAUGCGAUAAAGCUGAAUAUGCAUUUAAUUAUAAAACACAUAAAAUAAAUAUAUUAUUUAAUUUAUUAGAUUUAUUGUUUUUAUAUUUUUCUAAAUUUCAUGCAAAUAUAAAUAACAUCUCGUCCAUUUUUAAAUCAAUAAACCAUCUUGUUUCAACAAAAUAUUUUGAUUUCAUAUCAACAGAUUAUUAUGUUAAAGAAUUAGACAAUCUUUUAUUUUUAGAAUCACAAAAAAAAAAUAAAAAAAUUAUUAAAUAUAUAAAAAAUAUUAAAAAUAGUAAACUUAUUUCACAAGUUGAUGAUUAUUAUAAGUUAGAUAUAAAUAUAUCGGAUUCGGGUUUGAAUAAAUUUGAUAUUUUUUCUGAAAAUGGAUUAAACUCAUCUGUUUAUAAAUCUCUUAAUUUUGAACCAUCUACUAUUUUUCCAAAGAUAAACCAAUCAUUAGAAUCUGGAAUUACAAAUUUUCAAGGAAAAAAUGUAUCUAAUCCAAUUAGUAUUGGGAAUACAAAUAGCAUACCUAAUAUAAUUAUAACAGAACCUAACGAAAAUAUGUCAAAUAUAAACCAGAAAACUCAAAAUUUAGUAGAUGUAGAUACAUUAAAUAAAUUUAGUAAUAAUAUAGUAACAAAUAAUCAAAUAAAUUAUUCCAAUUUUCAUUCUGAAAUAAAUAAUUUGCGAGGGAAGAAUAGUGGAAAUACUAUGAUAAACCCUCAAAACAAAUGUGGAAUAAAAAAUAAUAUAUUUAAUAAAUGUUUAGAUUGCACUGGAUAUUGGUAUAGUUGUAAUUGUAGUUUGAAUAAUUUUGAAAAAUCAACACUUACAUUAUCAACACAAAUAAGUUUAUUAUUAAUAUUAUGCUUACAUCCAAAUAUAGACAAAUAUGUUUAUGAAAAAAGAAAAAAUAUAAAAAUAAAUAAUUCGUCAUCUCCAGAUGGUAUUAACAUUAGUGUACAAUCCUCGGGUAAAGAAAAUAUAAAUGAACUUUUAGAAUUGAAAAAAAAAAAAAUAGAUUUUGAAAAUUUUCAAACACCAACAAUAUGGAAAUACAAUUGUAUGAGCACAGAAAAAGAUUAUAAACAUUUAAUGGGAAUAAAAAAUAAUUAUAUAAUUAGUGAAAAUUAUAUUAGUGAAAAUAUAUCAUAUUAUUAUUUAUUCUUUAGCAAAAUAACUGAAGCAAAAAAAAAAAAAAAAUAUAAUAAAAUCGAAGAAAAACCUGUCGAAGAAUUUUGGAAUGACAAAAUUUUUCAAGAUGCAUCUAAUGAUGGAAUUACUGGAUCAUGUUCAUAUGAUUCUAACAUUUUGAUGUUAAAAUUUGUUAUAGGUUUAUUUAUUAAUAGCAAAGAAGAUAUACUUUCAUCUAUUUUUGAUGAUAAUAUAUUUAAAGUUUUGCGGAAUUUUAUUUUAAAAAAAAUUUCGAGUUAUACCUUAAUAGGUAAUUUAAUAUUUCAUUUAUUUCACAGUAUUUUUUUAUCAGCAUUCAUAAAAAAUGGAAGAACAACAGAUGUAUGGAAUACAUUUAUAGAUAGUCAUAUUAAACGAGACUUUAAUUUAAAACGAAAAAAAAAAAUAGAUAACAAAGAUGCAAAUAUAUUUAAAGAUACAAUUACCAGUUCAAACAAUAACACUGCAUCUUUUAUUCAAGAUAAUGCACAAACUCGUCAAAAUUUCGAUGGAAUUAAUAAAAAUAUAAACAUAUCCCAACAUAGAAUGGGUUCAGAUUCUUUAUUAAAUCGAACGAUUCAAAAUCCUUCUGAUCUUUAUAUGCAUCAAAAUUCAUAUCGUAAUAUGCAUAACAAUAUAAUAUACAUAUAUAAAAAAAAAGGUGAAUAUAUAAUAGAUAUACUAGCAUUUUUAAAGAUAUUAUGUAUAAACUAUCCACGUUUAAUUACAAAAUAUGUAUGUAUUUUGAAAAAUAUAAUAAAUAGAUAUCAUUCGAGAAUUAUGGAAUUUUCUGAAAUCGAUGAUACAUUUUAUCAUCACAAUUUAGAACAGAUCCAUGAAAUUGAUAAUAGUGGAAGUAGAAAUGGUGUUAACACGAUUCCUACUCGAAAUUCCAAAAAUGAGCAUGAUAAAUAUUCACAAUUAAAAGAAAAUAAAUAUUAUAAUAUAAAUGAAGAAAGAAGAAUGAUAAUAAUGAAAUAUAGAAGUUUAAAAUUAAUUGCCGAGGAAAAAAUGAAAAUUUGUAUCGAUUUUUAUUCAGAUAUUUUUGUUCAAAUUUUAGAUUUUGCAUCUGUUUUAUGUAAUAAUAUUUAUGAUUUGAAAAUAAUUGAAAAUGUUGUUAUGUGUUUUAAAACACCUUUAACAGCAAAUUUAAAUAUUUUUAAUUUAAUAAAAAAAUUAUUUAAUCAAUUUACUUGUGCUUUGAAUGGUAAAUUUAAUGAGUUUUCCAAAAUCACAAAUAAGCAACAUAUAUAUGAAAAAACACGUGGAAAUACAAAAUCAGGAGUAGUUUUAAAUGGUAAUUUUAAUAUAAUAGAUGAUGAAACAUCUAAUGAUAUAACAAACAAUGGUUUUAUCGAUUCUAUAAAUAUAGAUUCUACUAAUAAUGGGCAAGUUAAUGUAAAAAAUAGUAGAGAUUUGUAUCGAAACGUAUUUGGAAGAAGUGUAAAUAUUUCAAGUAAUCAAAAUGCAACAACGAGUUCAAACAAUAAUGUAAGCUUGUUUUCAUCUUAUAAAGAUGGAAAUGGAAAAAAUGGAAAUGGUGAAGAAGAAUAUGAAAAUGGAAAUUACAAUAAUAGUUAUGAUGGGAAUGAUUACAGAUAUGAUGAUAAUGAUGACGAUUAUUGUUCUAACGCAUAUUUUACAUACAUAAAUUAUUUUAAAUUAAAUUUGUUAGAAAAAUUAUUUGAACAAAAUAAUUAUCUUAAAGAGAUUUUAAAAAAUAAUAAUGUUAUGGAAUAUCUUGAAAAGAAUAAUGCAUAUUUAAGAAAUUUGAUAAAAGAAAAUUAUCUUGUUGAAAAGCAUAUAAAUGAUAAAAAAAUUUUUAAAAAUUAUGCAUCUAAUUUAGAUGCAUAUAAUAAAUUGCUUUCUUAUGAAAAUGAUUAUACAGCAUCUGCUAGAGAUGCAAAUAAAAUAUUACAAGACAUUGAACAAAGUAAUAAUAAACUCAAAUUAUUUUUAAAUUUCAAAGGAGUAACUUCAUUAUUUGGAGCCCAAGUAAAUCCUAUUUCAUACGUUGGAGGAUUGCAAAAUAAUUUAGAUAAUAAUUCACUACAACUUCAAAGUUCGAUGUCAAAUUUUUUAGAAAAUUUACUCGAAGAAAAAAAUUGUAUAAAUUAUUUAUUAGCAGAUAAUAAAGUAGCAGAAAAUUUGUUAAGAGAAAAUAAUAUACUAAAAUAUGAAUAUAAUAAAUAUAACAUGAUAGAUUUAUUUUUUAAAAAUAAAACAGAAGAAAACCAAUUAGAUAAUAUAAAGAGUAUAAUGCUUACUGAAUAUAAUGUAAAUAAAAUAUUUUCAUAUGAAAAGCGAUUCAAAAUAUUAAAAACAAAUUUUGAUGGAUCAUAUAAUAAUAAAGAAGCUAUAAAAUUUUUUUUUGAAGAUAAUAAAGAAGCAAUAAAUUUUUUUAAAGAUAAAAAAAAUGAGCCACCAAUAUUUAAAGAUGAUGAUUCAAGUUCAUUAAAUGAAAAUAUUAUGAACAGAGCUAAAGUAAUUUUAAAAAGAGAAUUAGAAGAUGAUUCAAAAAGUUAUAUAGAUGCACGAUAUUUAUUAAAUAACAUUUUUGAAAAACGAUUCUAUCCAUAUAAUUGUAUAAAAAUGUUAGAAAAAUGUUUACUUUUUUUAUCAUCAGUUAAUAAUAAUAAAUUAUGUUAUUAUAUGCCUUUAAAUAAAAAUCUAUUAGUUGAUUAUAUUUUAUUAGAGCAAUAUGAAAAUGCUAGUGGGAAUACAGCAAGUAGUACAUCUAUGGAUAUAGCAAAUAUGCAUUUACAAGAAAAUAAUAAUGUGAAUAAAUUAUUUCCUGAUGACGAUGAAAAGAAUCCCUUUAGAAUUAGAAAUAAAAAAUAUAAUAAUAUGAUUUCUUUGAUAGAUACACAAAAUUAUAUAAAUACAACUCAAUUUAAAAAUGUGUUCAUACACAAUUUGAAUAUGCAUAGUAAUAAAAAAUCUAAAGAUAAACAUAAAAUUGUUAAGCAUUAUAAAACAUUACAUCUAUUAGAUAUGUUAUAUGAAAUAGUUAAAACAAAAGGAAAUUCAUCUUUAGAUUUAUUAAAUUUAAAAUGUUUAUCUCUUGAAAUAUUAUGUUCUAGUUUUGUAAAAAAUUCAUCAUCUGCUUUAUCGGUUCUUUGUAUUAUCACUAAUAUUUUUCCUGAUCUAUUUUUAGAUGUUGUAAAACAAUUUAAGGAUCAAAAUGAUCAGCUAAAAAAAAAACUUGAUUUUUUAGAUAAAGAAGCAUCUAUUGAAAAUCCAAAAUAUAAAAAGAUAGAACAAUUAACAAAUAAUUUAUCAGUUCCAAAAAUUAAUCUUAAAGUUAUUAUUAUAUUUAUGAAAUGUGUUAACUUUUUGAUUUAUAUUAUUGGAAUAAAAAGAAAAUUCAAUAUGUCUUUAACAAAAAUAUGGCACUUUUUUAAUAAUAUUGAAAAAAUCAAAGAAAUAGAUGCUAAAAUGAAAUCAAAAAAGCCAAUGAAUUCCAACUCAAGUACCAAAACACAAAAUUGUGCAUUCUUUGAUAUUUUUUAUAAUUUUGAUGAUUUUUUUGACGAAAUUGAUAACGAACAAAAUAGUGAAGAUGCAGAAAAUUGUCAAAAUCGAAAUAAUAACGGUCAAGAAUUUAAUAUUCUAAACAUGGGCAAGUCAAAUAAUAUUGGGAAUAAAAUUUGUAUAGAAAGUGAUCAAGAAAAAAAUGGAAAAAACAUUAAAAAUAAUUUAGAACAAGGAAUGAAUAAUAAUAGUACUAUUGGAAAUAAUAUUAAAGAAAUAAAUUCAAACGAUUUUGAAGAUAAUGAAAAUAAUGAUAUAUAUGAAAAAUGCUUAAAAAAAAAAUUAAUGAUAUCAGACGAUGAUAAAAAUGUAUGCAAACAUUUAAUAGUUUUAACUAACUAUAUUGUUCAGAAUAUUUUUUAUAAUUUAAUAAAUAAUUUUAUUUUAAAAAAAAUACGGGAUCAAAAAUAUGAGGCAGAAGACUUUUUAGAUGAAAAUAUUAAGUUGGAAAUUUUUACGAACAAACAAGAAAAUUCGAUGUUUAAAAGAAGAUAUAAUUAUUAUAUUAACAAAUCUAAAAACAUUGAAUCCCAAAUUAUUACAAUGCAAAAUGAUGUAAAUAUUAACACAUCUAAUAUAUAUCAAAUUGAGCAAAUGCUCAGACAAAACAACAUAACCUUUGAGCCUUAUAUAAAUUCUCAAAAAAUGUUUGAUAAAGCUUUUUCAUCAAAUUUGGGUGGAAAUUUAUCUGCAUCUAUCCCUACAAAUUCUUUGAACCCGUUUCCAACCAAUUUUGGGAUUGGAACAUCUACAUCUCAGUUAGGAACAAGCCCAAUAGCUUUAGGAAAUUCUACUAGCAUGUCUUUGUUCAAACAAGAUAACAAAGGAACAAAUUUUUCAAGCAUGUUUAAUAGUUCAAAUACACAAACUAAUAUAUUAAGUGGAACAUCAGGGAAUACUUUAAAUAACACAUCAUCUCUUAGUACAUCUAAUUUUAACAACUCUACUAAUUUCUUGAAUCCAUCUCAAACAAACACUACAUCUCAUUCCAUUAUGGAUUCUCAAAGAACAAUGUUUGCAUCUACAUCUAGGUUACUUUCACCAUCUCAAGAAACACUAGGAUUAAAUAGCUCAUCUAAUAAUAAUACAAUUCGCGAUGCAUCUAAUUCUUCUUUAUUUAAUGCACCCAUUUCUUCCAAUAAUAAUAUUUUCAAACCACAAACUGGAUUAAAUAUGUUUUCCACCAAUUCAGGAACAAAUACUUCUAGUAUAUUUUCAACUCCCCAGUCAAAUACAACAGGAUUAUUUGGGGGUUCAAGUUUGGGAAACAAUAAUUCUAAUAUUAAUGAUUCUAGAAGUAGUAGUAUAUUUGGAUCGAACAUGCAAACUAACAAAAAUAACCCAACUAUCUCAUCAUUUGGAAGCAUGCUCAAUCAAACAUCAAGUACAUCUAAUACGGGGACGAAUUCUUUAGGACUGAGUGGUGGAUUUGGUUUGGGUUCAAGACCAGGAAUGAAUACAAGUAAUAAUUUAUUGUUAAAUAAUAUGGAUUCUAAAAAUAGUCAAUUAGGAGGAACACUUGGUGCAUCUACCAGUACAUCUCUGUUUGGAGCAAAUAGAAGCAACUCAACCUUAACAAAUAAUACAAUAUUUUCUAGCACCACAAAUACAAAUAGUUUAUUGAAUCCAAUUAGCCAAAAUAAUAGCACCUCUAAUAUAUUCAACAAGAACCCAUUAGGUACAUCUAACACGAUUUCAAAUAAUAGUAAUUUAUUUUCGUCACCAACUGCAUCUACAUCUUUAUUUGGCGCAAAUACAACUUCCCAAAUAUCAUCAUUUGGAAAUACAACAAGCAAUAUGACUCAAACUACAACAUCAUCUCUAUUCAAUAACUCUUUUGGAUCUCAGCAAAAUAAUAUUACAUCUAGCAACAAUUUGUUGGGUUUGUCUUCAAACAAUUUAGCAUUAACAGGACAGGGAAUGAAUCAACAAUCGUCUCUAUUUAGUAAUAAUAGCACGGGUUUUUCAAAUAACUUAAUGGGAAAUAAAGGAAAUAGCUCUUAUCUAUUUGGGAAUGAAACUAAUCAAAAUGUUAUGAAUAAUAAUGCAAGUUUAUUUAGCACAGGAAAUAUUUAUUCGCAUUUAGGAAAUGAACAUAACUUACAAAAUAUAUUAAAUAGGGAAGGUAUUAAUAAUAUAAAUAAAUUAAAAGAAUAUUAUGAAGAUUUAAAAAUAAAAACAAAUGUAUUAAAUGCUGAAAUAUACAAAAAUAAAAUGGAAUUAAAAAAAAAUGAAUAUAAUUUGCAAAAAGAGAAAAGAAUUCAAUUAAUAAAAGAAGCCAAACUAAGAUAUAUGAAAUCUAAAUCAGAUAUAAAUUUUAAAGAAAAAGAAAUGUAUAUAUUAAUAGUUUUAGUGUUUAUGUAUUUUAAGUUAAUAUUAAAAGGUCCAUUACCUUCCACAAAAAAUAAUAAAAAAUUAAAUACAGUAAUGAACGAAAGGUUCGAUUAUUUAUGCGAUUUUAGGCCAACAAUGUAUUUAUUUGAACAAAUUUUAGGAGAAUCAAACAGGUUUAUGAACACAUUUUUUAACAUAAUAUUUUUAGAUAAUAUACUUCAUGAAGAAAAUAAAAAUUUAGAAAAAAUAAUUUCGAAAUAUAAAAAUGAUUCAGAUUAUAUUACUAUAUAUAAUAAGAAAAAAACAUUAUUUCGAACAAAUAUUGAGGAAGAAGAUGAUGAAAAUAAAAUUUCGGACCAAUUUAAGGAUUUUAAAAAUAUCAAAAAUAAUUUAUUUACAACGCUUACACCAGAAACUUAUUAUAAAAAAAAAAUGGAAUAUAUUAUAUGUUCAUAUUCAAAAGAAAGUUAUAAUAAUAUACUUUUUCAUAAAAUAAAAUCUUUAGGAUUGAGCAUUUUAAAAAUAUUAUUUGAACGAGAUGUCUUAUUUAUACAUAUGUAUAAUCAAUGGAAAAAUGAAAAAAUAUUAUAUGAAAAAAUUAAUAAAUUUCAUUUAAAUUUUAAUUCUAUAAAUAAUAAUGAAACUUCAAUGAAUAAUAUGAUGAAUUUAAAUGUAAAUGAUUCUAUAUCUGAAUCGAUUUUGAAUAAUAAUAAUAAUAAUAUUAUUACUUCAAAUUUUAAUGACAUAAAUUCAAGAGGGGGUGAACAAAUAAAAGAAGGUUUAGAAGCAGGUGCAUCUACUGGUGGGGAUGGAAAGGAAAUAAAUUUUACAGAAUCAUUAUGUACCCCUAUAUGUGUACAUAAUUUUUUGUUUAAAAAUAUUAAUAUAAACUCAAGUACUACUUAUUUAAUUUUAUUAUUAAAAAACUUUUUUCGAACUAGCGAAAUUAACAAAAUAAUUAUAUAUUUUAUUUUACAAAUUAUUAUACGGGAUACAAAAACAACGAUAAAUAUAUUAAAAAGAGAUGCGGAAUCAUUUAAUUAUUUAAAAUAUGCAUUAAAAAAUAUAUUUAUAUAUAACUUAAAUCAACAAAAAUUUAACAAUUCAUAUAUUAUAUCAAAUAGAGAAAUUAAAAUGCAAAAUAUUCUGAACAAUUUUAUUGACAUUCCUUUAUUGUAUUACUUAAAAAAAAAAAAUAAUAUAAAAACAAAAGAUUCUGUGAUAAGUACUCGAAAAGAUCGAGAAUUUUAUGAACGAAAUAAAAAAAAUUCAAUAUCAGGAAAUGAAGUUUUAAACACAUCUAACUGGUUGUCUUAUAUUAAUAAACAUAAUAGCGGAAAUAAUGAAAUGGAUGAAAUCGAUUUAAUUUAUCGAGUUGAAAAAAAUAAAUUAGAAUCUGAAAAUUCAAAUAUGGUUUUGAAAACAAAAAAAGAUGGAAAUUAUUUAUUUGAAGAAAUAGAAGAAGGAAACAGCGCAAAUAGUUCCUAUAGCACAUAUAACAGUUAUAGUAGUGAUAUAAGCGAUAAUGAAUAUAAAAAAAUAAAUAAUUUAAAAAAUAAAGGACAUAUAGGAUUAAAUGAUAAUUAUAGUCUAAGAAAUGAAAUGAUAUUAAAAUAUAAAAAUUUUAAAUUAAAAAAUUCGAAAAGAAAUAAAUCGAAAUAUGUCUAUGAUUAUUUAUCAGAUAUUGAUUUAAUAGACACUAUAAAAAGUAAAAAGAUUUGUAUAUUUUAUGAUAAUAAAGAAAAAGAUGAAGAAAAUGAUAAUAUAACAUUUUAUAAUUUGUCGUCUGAAAAUAUAAAUGAUAAUUAUUCUAAAAACGAUUAUUAUAAUGAAAUAAAAUCGAUUAAUUAUAAUGUAACAGGUUUUUGUAGUUCAUACAAUUUUUUACCAAUAAAUCAAUUUUAUACAGAAAAGUAUGAUUUUAUAGAAAGUGAGCUUGUUUAUAUAAGUGAUUUAAAAUUAUAUUUUUAUAUUAAAUCAUUUAAAAGACAUUCUUAUUUCACUAAGCUUUUAAAUAUCGAAAAGGUUAGUGCCACAUCUGAAAAUGAUAAAUAUAAAACGAAUACAUCUGAAAAUAUAAAUGACGAUAUAAAUUAUGAAAUAAAAGAAAAUAAUUUAUCCUUUUCAAAUUUAAGAAGAAGCGGUUUUGAUGAUUCGUCUUUAACAUCAAACAAAAAAAUAAUAAUAAAUGAAAAUGAUAUAAUAAAAUAUCAAAAUUGUGAAGAAAAGGAUAUAAAAUUUCGAACUAAUAACAAAUUAGAAUCAGAAAAUGAACAAAAUGAUGUAAACAAAAUUGUAGAAGAUGAAAUAAAAGUUUUCGAUUUUUACAACAAAUUAAAUAAGCUUAAUGAAAAUAUGCUAUUUCCUAAUAUAUUUUAUGACAAUAAAGUAGAUAAAAUGAAAUAUAUAGAAUAUAUAAAAAAAAUUGCUGAAAAAGAACAAAAAGAAAAUGAUGGAAAAUAUAAAAACAUUUUAAACCCAAUAAAUAAUAUAUUAAAAACACAAAAAAAUGAAAUUGAAAAACAACUAUCUAUAGAGUUACAAAAAAAAAAUAUAUAUAUCAAUAAUGAAUAUUGUGAAUGGAUUGAAUUGAGUCAUUUAUUAAAUGUAGAUAUAGAUUAUAACGAAAUAAGGGGGGGGUUAAAUAAAAAUAAUAGUGUUUUAAAUAAUUAUAGUAGAAUGCCAAUUACAAAAUUGAUUUUAUAUUUUUAUGAAGUUAUUACUAGGAAAUUUCUAUUCUUAAAUAAUUCAGAUUCAUUAAUUGAAAGUUGUGUAUUAUCAUUGUUAGGUUUAUCUUUUACUCCUUCUAAGCAAAUGGAUAAAAAAAAUAUUAUCACAAAUAUAGAUGAAUCAUUAGAAUUAGAAGAAAAUUGUUUCUUAAAUUCGUUGAUAAAAAAUGUAAUUGUCAAUUUUUCUAAUUAUGAGCAUGUAUCUGAAACGAUUAAAGUGGGUUAUAAUAAUAAUAUUGCUGAAAUUGGUGAACAACAUAAUGACAGAAAAAAACGACUAUUAACAAAUGAAAAAUUAAAUGAAUUUGAAUUUAAAGAUGAUUUAUUUAUAAAUGGUCAAGAUGAAGAAGAAAUCAUUUUAGGAAAUUACAUAAAUAAAGCUGAUAAUGAAAAUAAUUUUUUGAAUAAUGAAAAUUUAUAUGAAAUGGGAUCCGGGUUAAACAACGACAAUUCAAAAAUUGUGUUUCUAAACAAAAAAAGAAAAGAUUAUUACAAAAAAAAUAUAUUUUUAAAUAACUCUAACAAUUUGAAACAGUAUAAUACAUUUGAAAAAAAUAUAUACUUUAUUAAAAGUUUGAAUAUUAUAUAUAUGUUGUCUAAAAAUAAAAAAAUAAAAGAAUAUAUAAUAAAUUUAAUAAAUACAAUGUGGCAUAACAAAUAUAAUGUGUUUUAUUAUAUUACCCAAAAUGUAAAUAUCGAAAAAUUAAAAGAUACUGAAAAAAUAAUUUUUUUCAAAAUAUCAUUACACAUUUUAAAUAUAUUUAUUCCAAUAUUAGAUCAUAUACUAAUCAAUAUAGAUAAACAUGUUGAAAAAUUUAUUAAUUUAAGUUUUCCAAAUGACAAAGAAGAUAAUAAUUCAAUUCAAAUAUUUGAAUCAAUUAAUAAUAAUGCAACAAAUAAUGAAUUGGGAAACAAAAAUAACAAUAUAGGUCCACAAAAAUAUUGUAACAUUUUUCAUAUAAUAAAUAAAGAAAAUUUUAAUGAAAAAAAAAAUUUAUUUGAAUUUCUAAACCCAAUAUUCACAUUUGAUAAUGCUCAGAAUUUUAUAAACCAUUACAUUAAUAUUGUAAAAAAUUAUAAUGACAAUUAUUUAAAACAUUAUAUUUAUCAUUAUUAUUUAUUUAAUUAUAAUUUUGAAUUUCAAAAAAUUUAUAACUAUUCAAAUCUAGAACAUAUACAUUAUAUAAAAAGUAAUAAAUUAUGUAAUGAUAUAAAUGAAAAAUGUUUCAACACAAAAAGUAGAAUAAAUGAAUAUAAUAAAAAGAAUGUACAUUUAUUAUAUACAAAUAUAAUAAAUGUAUAUGUUAAUUUUUGCAAAAUACUAAACAGUUACAAAGUUAGCAAACAUGUAAAUGUCAAUUACACAUUUAAUGAUGGAAAAUAUGUGGAAAACUAUGAAAAUAAUAAUAUUGAUGAAAAUGUAAAAAAUAAAAUACUAAAACCAAUAAAUAUAGAAAAUGAAAAUGAAUUUAAUUUUGAAAAUUUAAAUGAAAUAAUAGGAAAUAAAUCUUAUUUAUUAAAAUUUUUAGACGAUUAUUAUAUAAAUGAAAAUAUAUCAAAAGAAGAAAAAAAAGAACAUAUUGAAAAAAAUGUAUAUAUUUAUAAUAGUAUAAACUAUUUAAACAUAAAUUAUAAAAAUUGGCUACUUGUUUAUAAAACAUAUAUAGAAAAAAUAACAUAUUUAAUUGAUUUAAUUUUAAAAAUCAAAAAUAAUACUAUAAAAAAAAAAAUAUAUUAUUUGAAAAAUUAUUUUUAUAUAGUAAACAAUAUACAACGUCAUUUAAAAAGUGUAACAAGUUUAAUAAAAUCUUCUUAUUAUAUAAAUUUUAAUAUUCAAAUUACUCCAAUCCUUUUUAUUGUUUAUUUAUUUAUAACUAUAUUUUUUUUAUCACAUAAUAAUAAGUUUGCUUUUAAAUAUUUAUCAUGUAUUAACAAAGGUUUUCACAAUUUAUUUAAAGGAAAAAAUAUGCUUGAUUUUAAAAACACAGAAAAUAUAGAUGGCGAAGAUGAUACAAACAAUGAUGAUGAUUCAGGUAGUGAAAUAUUAAAACAUAAUAAUAAAAAAAAUGAAAUAAAUAAAAAAAUAAAAUUUUAUGAUGAAAUAAAUGGUUCUAAACAAGGGAAAGAAUCAGAUGCGCAUCUAUGUGAUAAUGAUGAAUUUAAGAUUGAUCAUUUAAAAUAUAACAAAAAAUUGAAAAUGUCGUCUGUUUUUUCUAAACAAAUAUUAACAAAAGAAUUCCAAAAUAAUAUAAUAAACAUUCCGAAAGCAUAUAAUCAAGACGGUAGUUCAAAUAUAAUUAAUAAUUUUGAUAAAAAAACAAGAACAAGAUACAACAACACUAGCUCAUCUAUACAUGACGAUGGAAUAGAUACAAUUUCAAAUUUACAAAAAGGAGAAUUAUAUAAAUCUGUUUUUUUUAUUAACAAUAAUUAUAAUAAUAAUAAUAACAAUAGUAAUAAUGUAGGUUCGAAAAAUUUGGAUGACAAUAAACUAUAUUAUGAUAUACAUAGUGAAUAUUAUAAAUUAAUUUUAAAAAGUAAUGAAUUUUUUGGAGAUUUAUUACAGCUUUUAAUAAUUUUAAUAACAAAAAAACAUCCAGUUUUAAACAAAUACACAAUUAUAUAUAUAUAUGAAUGCUUAUAUACAUUAUUAAAUAUAUAUCAUUAUAGUUAUUGUUUUGCAGAAAAAGAAUAUAAUUCAAAAAAUAAUAAAAAUAUGUUUAUAUCAUUAAUUAAAAGAAUAGAUCAUAAUAUUUUAAAUGAAUUUAUUAGUACAUUAUUUACUGAUUCAUAUAAGAAUUUUUUUACAAAUAAUAAUUCAACUAUUCCAAUAUAUUUUUACAAUAAUAUAUAUAAAUUUAUAGAUUAUAAUACUGAGAUAUUUAUGAUAAAAAACCGUGAAGAACUAACUGAUAAUGCAUCUAUUUUAGAAUCAAAGAAUCGAGUGUCAAUGCAUAAUUUAAUAGAUUCAGAUAAUAGUGAUAUAGGAAACUAUUUUUUGAAUAAAGAACAGAUGUAUAUGAAGGAAAAAAAAAAAGUUCAUUUUGCAGAUUCAGAACCUACCAAAAUUGUCAAUGAAAAUAAAGUAGAUGUAAAAAUGAGUGAAGAAGAUAAUGGAGUUAUAAAUUUAAAUUUUAAAAAUAAUUUUGAAAAUAAAAUUCAUUUAAACAGUAGAAGCUUAAAUUUAUAUGAAGAAAUAUAUUGUAGUAAUUUCUUAUACAAUAAAAAUGAUUUAAAUUUGCUUAGUAUAAAUUUGUUAAUAUUUUUAUUAACAAGAAUAGGAAUAUAUGAAAUAGAUAUAAAAAUUGAUGAAAAUAAUGUAAAGAAUCUCAUAAAAGGAAAUUUAUUUAUAUUUAACAAAAAUUCUGGAAAUGAAAAUGAAAAUAAAAUAUUACACACUUGUUUUUUAUUAAGUGCAUUAUGUGAUACAUCUUAUAUAAAUGAAUUUAUUUCAAGUGAAGACUUAUUUAGUUUAUUUUUAAAGAGCAAUAUAUUUAACAAUUUAUAUGAAUAUAAAUUUAACUAUUUAUCAAAUAGCAUAUCUUUUUUAACAUUUCCUACAAAUUUUCUUGAAAAUAAAAAUAUAUAUAUACCACUUCCAAUGUUAAUUAUAUCAUAUAUUACAGUUAUAUUGAAAGUUAUAGAUAAAAAAGGAUUGCAAUUAUUUAAUAUAAUAGGAAAAUGGAUAACUACAAAUAUAACUAUUUUUACAAAUCAUUUAAUUGUUAAUAACUACCUUAUGAAAUCAUAUGAAAUAGUACAUGAAAUAAAUAAUUUUACAACAUAUAAUCAUAAUCUUGUAUAUAAAUGUUUGUGUUAUGCAUCUACUUGUAAUUUUACACGGGAGCCAUCAAAUAAUACUAGUAAUUCAUCAAAUAAACCUUUAAAUUUUGUUCAUGAAUCUAAAACAGAUGUAAAAACAAAUAAAGAAAAUGAUAUAAAUGAUAAUACAAAAUAUACAGAAAAUUUAAUAAAUCAUUCAAAUGUUAAACUUGUUAAUUUAGAUAUAAUAUAUUCGAGUACUUAUUAUUUACUAAGGUUGUAUAAAAAUUAUCUUUUAUAUAUACAUCAAAAUUAUUUAAAUUUAAAAAAAUUAAAAAUUGUUGAAAACAUUAAUAAAAAAAAAAAUAAUAAAUCGAAAAAAAUCAAACAAAAUUUAACAUAUAUGGAAAAAAAAUUGAUUAAUAAAAAAGGAAAUAUUGGAGAAAUUGAUUCAUCUAAAAACAUAAACAGGUAUAUCAACAAAUUUAAUGAUGAAAAUAAUAUCCCUAAUAAAAUACCAAUACAAAAAGAAAAUUAUUUUAGAAAUCAUUUUCAUCCAAAUUAUUCAGAAUAUGAAAGUAAUGAACAUAACAGUGAUUAUGACGAAAGUGAAAGUCAAGAUAAUGAGGAAGAAGAAGAAGAAGAAGACGAAGAAGAAGAAGAAGAAAAAAAUAUUCGAGAAAUGGAUUCUAUAAAAAACAAUUUUUCUAAAUUAAUAAAUUCAGUAUACAACGAAAAAAAUAGUCAAUUUAUUAUUGGGAAUUAUAAUAAUAAAAAUGUACUUAGUAAUAAUAUGAAUACAAUUUUUGGAAAUAGUAAUAGCAAUAAUGGGUUUAUUGAAAAUAAUUAUUUUUAUAUAGAUAAAGGAUUAUGUUUUGAAUUUAACGAAAUAUCAUUAAAUAUAUGUAAUAUAAUAAAAGAACAUACAUAUAUACUUCAAUAUGUUAAAGAUCUUUUGAAUAUUUUAUCUAUUUUUGUUAUUUAUGAUAUAAGUUGGAAAGAUGAAAAUGAGUUAGUAACAACUGAUAUAGAUAGUCAUAAAGAAACCCGAGGAAAUCAUUACGUGAAUGUUAAAAGUGAUAAUAAUAUUGAUGAAAAUAAUUAUAAUUUUGAUACAAAAGAAAUGAGAAGAAAAAAUAUAAGAACACAUAGAAUAUUACAAAAUAUUAUUCCUAAAUAUUCAAUAAAAUUCCAUUGUAUUAAUUUAUGUUUAGAUAUAAUUGAAUAUGAUAUAGGAAUCUAUGAUGAAUAUGUACAACAAUAUAAAACCAAAUAUUAUGAAUAUAUAAAAAUUGUUUUAAAAGUAUUUAUGAACACAUCUUUUUAUUAUAUUAAUAUUAUUAAAUAUGAAAAUAAACAUAUGUUAAAAAGUGUAUCUGUGGCAAUGAAAAAAUUAACUAAUAUAAUUUUUUUUUUAUUAACAAAUUUAAUAAGAAAGGAAAAAACAACUGAUGAAGAUAAAAAAAAACAUGCUUUAAUAAAUAAAUUUUUAUAUGAUAAAAAUGGAUUUAAAAAAAAUGCACAUGAAAUAACAACGGAAUUAUUUAAUUGUGAAGACAAUAUUUUUACUGAUAAAAAAUGCUCAUUAGAUCAUGUUAAAAAGUUUUUAGAAAAUACAGAAAUAGAUAUACAUGUUUUAAAAAAAAUAUUAACAUGUAUUAUUUAUUUUACUUUUGCUAUGCUAAAUAAUCAAAAAGUAAAUAAAAUUAAUAUUGAAAAUAUCAAUCUUAAUCAUAUUAAUAAAAUUAAUUUGAAAAAAAUUGCAAAUACCUAUUUGGAAAAUAAUAAUAUCUUAAAAGUAUUCACAUUUAUAUUACAACGAUCGACUCAGAUUUAUUAUCUUUUAUAUAACUAUGCAAUGCAAUCAUAA